GAAGCUUCCCGGAUAUAUACCGCGUUCUCGCCGUGGUCUUUGAAUUGAAUAAAUAUUUGACGAGACUACGUUAAGCGGCAUUCCAUCAAUUUGCGAUACGAGUAGGAUUUCAUCUGAUCGAUCGAAAGGAGAGGAGAGUACUGGUUGUUGAUCACCAUGGGUCAUAAGAGCAGCGAGGCCGGAAGCGACAGCGAGGACAGCGAACGGCGGAUGCAAGUGAAAAAUUGGAGGAAGAAGAAGAGUAGCAGCAAAAUUAGUCCAAAAGGCGAGCUUCGAAAGAAGAACAACGACAGAAUUAGCUCCGGCGGAGGCGGAUUGGAGAAGGACGGUUGCCAAAACAAGAACUAUAACAAAACCAUACCCGAAGAAGGUGAAUUGGAAAAGGACGAUGGUGAACAAAACACUGUUGUGGUAUUGAAGCUCGGGCUGAAUUCGCAGAGAUAUGCUACUGAUAUUAAGGAGUGGAUUCAAAGCUUUGGAGGCAUUGAGUCCGUCGACGGUGACUCGAACGAACUGACAGUCACCGGGGAAGUGGACGAAGAGACGCUGCGAGAGCUGGUUGGGCAGAUGGUUUCGAAGAAGGCGCAAUCCAAUACCCCCCCGCCGUCCAAAAUCAGAAACAACAGUUACGUGGAAGGAGUCCGAAACGCAGAGAAGGCGACCGUUGAAAAGCUUCCGAAGAAUCCGAAUCAGACCAAUUUGAAUGAGUCUCCGGUGCGUACGGCGGUGAUGAUGGUGGAUCUGCAUUGUCAAGGCUGCAUCGACAAGAUCUGCAAGGUCAUCAAGAAGACCAGAGGAUACCACGGUAUGUCCAUUGACAGGCAGAAGAAUGCGGUGACAGUGAAAGGGACGAUGGACAUGACGGCUCUGGCUAAAAGACUGUCCAAGAAGCUCAAUAAAAGACCCGUGUCGAUUGCCCCGCCGGACGACCACGGCGGGUUGCAGGCCGAUGCCGAUUCUCCCUCGCCGGCAAAAGACAUGAUCGGGGCAGCGUCGAAGCCGGGGAAAGGAGUUGAACCACAGAAAGACUUGGAUGGAAACAAGUCAAACAAACCACCAGUGACGACUACGGUGCUGAAGGUAGAUGUGCCCUGCUACUGCGAUGGACAUUCCGACGGCAUUCGCGGCGUCGUCGCCAACACUAAAGGAUUUCAUUCUUGUGAGGUGUCCAUUGAUGAUAUGGGGAAGAUCGUGGUCAGGGUGACGGGAAGCGUCGACGUCAAUGAUCUGAAGGAGAAAUUGGAGAAGAAGCUCAAGAAGCCGGUGGAAAUAACCCAGCCCCCACCAAUAUUCAACGAUAUAGACGACGGUGGUGAUAUGGGCAAGAGCGUCGGCGAUGGUGGUGAAACCUACACCCAGGACGCGCCAACUUGGCAUCUGGACCCUCAUAUGUAUGGUUACUACCGGGCUUACCAUUUCCCGUAAGAGGUGGUGUUGUGGAGAACAGCAUGGAAAGUGGAGUCCUCGCCGGAGAAGCCGAGUCUUUCCGAUUGGGUGACUACUCUGGCUCAGUUGGGUUGAUUUUUUUUUUUUAUACAUUUAUUUGCUUAGGGUGAGGGCCUUUAUUUAUUUUUAUUGAUGACCCACUGUUUUUCUUCUUGGCGAGGGCCAUUUUUACGUCACAUUAUUAUUUAUUUUUGGUAGUUUGAGCCACACACACACACACACACAUAUAUAUAUAUAGGUUGUUUUCUUUUUUUUUAAGCAACUAGAUCUUCAGCCGAGAUGAAAAAUUUCUUAUUGAAUCGGUUUAUGGAUUUUGAGCUUUUAAACGGAAUGAAUGGAGUGGAGGGGUUUGUUUGAAGAAACCAAAAUUAUAGGGACUUAAUACUACCGAAAGUAAAAAUCAUAUCGAAAUGUUUGUAAAAUUUGUAUGUAUAAGAAAGAGGGGCUCCUAUUCCUUCCUUUGUAAAGGUGCAGCUUACACGAGUAUUCAUGCAAGUUGUCUCUAUUUGGAAAAAAAAUUUAGAGCGAGGAGAGACCAGCAGUUUACAGAAUGAAGAUUAAAAAA